GGCGAUGUAGAACGAAAUUUAUAACUGGCCAACUACCGCGGAUGUAAGGGGAGGGGCGUGAUAGCCCACUGAGAUCGAGAGUGUUAAAUAGGACAGCAGCAGGUGACAGCAGUAGUGUCGGAUAACAGCAGAAGCAGCAGGUCGGUAGUCCUAUACACUAAGGUGUUAGAACGGGGAAAAGAGUUGGUCACACGGACUCAAUAAGGUCAAGGUUAGUCAGCAAUAUAGUCUAACGAUAUGUCGGAGGAACAGCGGCCCGAGCUACCGUCGCAUCAGUUGUGGUAUAAGGAUGACUUGGCACUUAUGCAUAUCAUGGUGCCCUUCAUGAACCAGGUGGAGAACAUGAAGUGUAUGGACGACGACGUGUUUGUGUGCAGCUGGCCGAAAUGUGGAACGACGUGGGUGCAGACGAUAGUCAUGUACGUCAUGAACGACGCCAAUCUCGACAAGUUCGGCGACAAGACGAUCGAAGACAUAUUUCCGAUGCUGGAACUGAUCGACAUCACCGGAGGAACCGAUAUACCCGACAUCAGCGCCAUGCCCUCGCCGCGGCUGAUGAAGACUCACGUCCCGUUCAAGUAUCUGUGCGAAGACAUUCGGGAGAGACGCAAAAAACCAAAGAUCGUCUACGUUACUAGGAAUCCGAAAGAUGCGAUCGUAUCGUUCUAUCACUUCGACCCAUUGGGCUUUUCGAUACCUGGCGUCACCGAUCCCGAAUAUUGCAAAUGGACCUUCUCGCAAUAUCUCAACUGUUUCUUCCAUGACGCCAGCUGGAAGACUUACUUCACGGUUGCAGAGAGCGAGAAGAUGGAUAAGAUCUACGAGGAGAAGUUCAGAGGAACGGGGCUUCAGCAUUCAUUCAAUGUCUGAUAAACCUGAAGAUAAAUGUUAUAGUACAACGAAGAAGGCAAACGUAGCGAUCCCAACCAGAUAGACAAACAUGCAUCAAGAAUUACUCCAAUUUCUUCUUUGGUUAGUUGCCGAGUAUAGUCUCAGACUUAGUAGCCGCAGUAGCUGAUUAAAUGCUCUAAAAGUAAUGCAUAGAGUAUCCGGUAAAGUAGGCAUUAAUUGUGCUACAUACAGAAUUUUGUGGUUUAUCGUUUAUACUUAACAUUUUUGCAAGAAAUAAACUGUGUGCAAGAAUUAAGACAAACGCUUUGUUAGCAUUAUUUUGGCUUUGCCAUAGCUUAUAAAUAAUAAACUUUAUUGGCUAUA